UCCCAGAUACCCAUUUCCCACAUCUCUCAACCAUGGCAUCUGUCUUCGAGAAGGGGAAGAUGGUAACAAUUUUGAGUAUCGAUGGAGGUGGCAUUAGAGGCAUCAUUCCCGGAACCAUCCUUGCUUUCCUCGAGGCCAAGCUUCAGGAAUUGGAUGGUCCAGAUGCAAGAAUAGCAGACUAUUUUGAUGUAAUUGCAGGAACAAGUACAGGUGGUUUGGUUACAUCCAUGCUCACAGCUCCUGACAAGAACAACCGACCAUUAUAUGCAGCUAAAGAUCUCAUCCAUUUUUACUUGGAAAAGGCUCCCCAUAUCUUCCCACAAAGAAAUCAUCUUUUAAGCUCAAUAAUGAAUGUAUUUGGGCAAGUGAUGGGCCCAAAGUACGAUGGAAAAUACUUGAGGAAAUUGAUAAAUGAGCUGCUUGGAGAGCUAACCCUGAAGCAAACGCUUACGCAUGUCGUCAUUCCUGCAUUUGAUAUCAAGCGCUUACAACCUGUGAUCUUCACAACACUUGAUGCGAAACGAGAUGAGUUGAACAAUCCAAGAUUGGCUGAUGUUUGUAUUAGUACCUCGGCAGCACCAACUAUCUUACCGGGGCACGAAUUUCAAACCAAGAACUCUAAUGGAAAUAAUGUUCGUAAUUUUGAUAUGGUAGAUGGAGGAGUUGCGGCAAACAACCCAACACUGGCGGCCAUAACCCAUGUGACAAAAGAGGUGGUCACCUUGGGACGAAAAAGUGAAUAUUUGAGUAUUAAACCCAUGGAAACAAAGAAGAUGUUGGUGUUGUCUUUGGGCACUGGCGCGCCUAAGAAUGAUGGAAAGUAUAGUGCAGCUCAAUGUUCGAAAUGGGGCGUGCUUGGUUGGAUCUACCAGGGUGGAUCGGCGCCGUUGGUUGAUAUUUUUAGCGAUGCUAGUAAUGAUAUGGUGGACUAUCAUAUUUCUAGCAUCUUUCAAUGUUCUCACUGUAACCAACAUUAUCUGCGUAUUCAGGACGAUUCAUUGAGUAGUGAUGUUUCAUCUAUGGAUAUGGCGACAGAAGACAAUCUGCAAAAGUUGCUACAAGUGGGGGAGAAUUUGCUGAAGAAACCACUGUCGAGGGUAAAUUUGGAAUCUGGAAUGUUUGAACCAAUUAAAGGGAAAGGAACCAACGAAGAUGCACUUGUCGAAUUUGCCAAAAUGUUGUCGGAGGAGAGGAAAUUACGAUUAUGCCCUGAAGGUGGUCUAGUCCACUAGCUUAAGUGUGCUUCUAUUCAUACAAGUGAAUGAAAAAUGUAAGAUAAUUGUGUGUAAAAAUAUGACUUCAAUUAUGAUAUGUGGUACGAAAUUAAUAGAGAAAUCAAUGAUAGGUCGUGAUUGGGGUUGGUGGAUUAUCACAUCAACUUUAUUUUAUUU